GGUUCCAUGUAAGAAAAGAUCAAAGCUCACUGUGGCAGGUGAACUGGUCAGACUCGGGCCUCUCCUUUGUAUUCACCACAAGACAUUCUUCUUUCUGUUUCUGGAGUGCUUCACCUCAGCUGUUUGGGUCCCUGUAUUGGUGCAGAAGUCCAACCAGCUGGCAUGGCAUCAUAUCCUCCAGCUGGGUCACAGGUACACAAUAACAGGCCUGAGUAUGUCCAGCCUGAAGAAAUCUGGACAAAGGACUUUUGUCACCAGUGUUUCUUCCUGCCUUCUGCCCUACUGUGUAGAGCAGGUGACGGAGCAGCCACUGGACAGUGCUUGGCAAGGAGAAUCCACUCAAUCUUCUUCCCUUGAGACUGCUGAGCAGCUCAGCAGCUCCUUGGAGCUGGGAGUUGAAGAUGAAAAGCCAAGAUCAACCAAAGAGUCCAAGAUCAUCUCCUAUGUGGGAACUAUCACCAAAAUACUCAAUGUCCAAGCUGGUCUCUUUUUACUGGAUAACAAAGUCUGCUUGUGCCUUGCUUACCAGCAGUUGUUAAACUCUGCCCGUGGACUCAGACCAGGAGCACGUGUGGAGCUCAUCGAUGUCCACAUCCUGCAGAAGCCUCUGGUGUCCUUCCCUUUUGUUGUACUUGGUGCUUGCCUGAGCAGCACGGUUGUGCUGAAGAGUUUUUCAAGGCUCAGCACCCCGUACCAGCCACCGACCUCCUCAGGAAAUCUCUACUUACAGCUGCUCUUCCGCUACAAUCUUGGUAUGCCACUCUACCUCUGGCUGGUGAGCCUCCUGGAGACGUUUGAGGAGAGGUUUUCUUGUUUCUUUGGGCACCGGCGAUUGUUGCUUAGCUCUAAGCACCGAAACCCUGGAGCUGCUGAGAAGUUCCUCGUCCCGCUUCUGCAAGCUGUGGUGCCUUAUAGAGAGGAAGCAAGAGAUAUUUACAAUGAAAUCCUAGCGAAAACACACCGGUGUCCCCUGCAGAAGUAUGUGACCCUGAACCCCCCAUGCCAGGCUCCAUCUCUCUCUGCACUUUGCCAUUUGGCAGAGCAGAAGAGCUGGGAAGGCUUCAGUCCAUUACAGCUGCUGUCCUCCUUGGAAGCACAGCACAUGGGCACCCAGGAGCUGAAUCGCCGGCUGGCCUGGUCCUACUGCACGCUCUCUGCGGGAAGUUUUCAGCCCCGAGUGAUGCUACUGGGUGUGCUGAGAGUCUCCUCCAGGACCAGUUCCCUCCAGCUGCAGGACAAGAGCAGCAUACUUCCCUGUGUGAUAUCCCAUAAAGAUGGUAGCCCCUUUGCCCAUACAGAUCUUAUAGGAUCGCUCUUGCAGGUGGAAAACUACCAGCUCAUAGUGGAGAGGUUCCUUCAAACUGAUUUUCCCUCCUGGGAACACCUGGCAAAUCUGGAGUAUGUGAGGGAGAAAAAAACCAGUGUCUAUGUGCAGUUCUACUUUGAGGAUGUUCAGGUUCUCCACACUGCCAAAGGACAAAUCCAGAAAGGCCUUAGGAGUGGAAACAGCUCCUCUUUGAGGAAGAAGGAUGAAGGCAGCUUAACAUCUGAGCUCAAAACCCCAGAGGCAAAAAUGCUGAAACUGGAGGAUCCCAAGCCAGAUACUCACAGAGAUGAGAACUACCAGGGGAACCAGAGCAGCACGAGAAGAACCAGCUGUGUGUCCCGCCUGUUCUGGGUUACCCAGAAGGAGGGUCUUAUGUUGCGCAAUUACCAGCUACCCAGAGAAGAAGAUGGAGAAGGACGGGAGCUGCAGCACAGUUUCCAGGCCACAGUGCUGUGGUUGGGCAGACCUCGACUUUGGAGCCACCCCAGAGAAACUGGGAAUCUACCAGAGCUGGAGGAGACCAGCUGUGCUGAAGAAGAGGGCAUGACACGACAGGAGGCACUGCUGCUCUUUAUGGGGAAGUCUCUACGAUGGUUUCCAUUCCUGCAUCUGGAUGGGCUGUAUCGCUUCAUUGUGCCCUGCUGCUCGGACUUGGAAGUGUUUGACAAGCUCUGUCAUCCACCUGUGCCACCAAAGUUCCUGAGCAGGUUGUCCUGCCCCCUGUGCCUGCCUGUGCAGGAUACCUGGCACCUGCAGCACGAGACGUGGAUCUCCUGUCUGACUGAGCACCAGCUGGCAGCCAGGUUGGUGCUGACAGGCAUGGACCAGAGAAUAUCCUCCAUUCCAGAAGUACUUAGCAACAGUUUCACAGGUUCCCUUGUGUCUUUCUCUGGUGAGAUAGUGGGGAGGACCUUGUGUGCCUCUCCCAAGAAUGAGAAGCCAGCUAUGACUUCUGGCCUUCCAAAGCAGAAAGGGAGUCUGCUAGCCAGUGACCACAGUGUGAAGCUCAGUGUCUCAGUUGCUUCAGGCUCACCUAUUGUGAUGGACGUUUACGUUGCUGCCGCCUAUCUGCAGCAUCUUUGGGGUUUGCUACCUGGAGCCAAGAUUCUGUUCCAGAACUUGGAACGCAAAAUCUCAAGAUUCUGUAAUGUUUAUUGCACAUACAUUGCCUCCAGCUGUGUGAGCAUCGUAUCUCUGCCAGCUUCUCACCUUCCUUUUCCUUCUAGUCCUGCAGGAGAAGCCUCGUCCCCCUCACUAGUGUUUCUAUCCAACUUGCAACCUCACCUGCAAAACCUGCCCCAGGCACGGAUUUUGUGCCACUUGUCCUGUGUGCUGACUCUGUCCCUGCAGUGGGUUUGCUCCCUUUGCAGCAGCAUCUUCCAAGAGGGGAGGUGCACCCGACACAGUCCACCAUGUCCAUCCCACACAGGAGUGAGGCAAGCCAGUGCACGGGUGCUGGUGGAGGAUGGAACGGGUGAAGCUUUGGUGCUGUGCAGGAACCAGCACGUGGCAGCAAUACUGGGUCUGAGCCUUCUCGAGUGGGAAGCUCUGCAGAACUGUGUGCAGAGCAGGGGCAGCGUGUCCAUUCAGCAUGGAGAAGCCACUGGCACAGGGGUGAGUGGAGGAACCCGAGGAUCUCAUUGCUUGCUACCUAAGGAGCCUGUGCAGGAGUCCUCUCAUCUGUCGCCCUAUCCUGCUGGAUUUCAGCCUAGACAGGAAGCCCUCCAGGAUCCUGCAGCCUGCUCCACUGCAGCUUAGAAACUUUCGGUGUGGUGAAGUGGAGUUUGUGUCACAAGUGGGACCUCGGCUGAGCCUGCUGUGCCUGAACGUGGAGGAAGUGGAACGAGAAGCCUUAAGCUGU